AAAACGGGAAAGGGCGAGCAGGAAGGCGGAUCGCACUCGCUCUUCCUGCUCCCGGGGAUCUAGGGGGAGGGGGUUACUAUCACUUGCUGAUGCUGGGGGACAGGAUCUAGGAAGAGGAAGAUCCCCCCCCCCUCCUCCUCCCAAUCUCUCCCCAGCUUUCCCAGCAGCACCCCGGGCAAAGAGGUAAAGGAGCUGUUCUUCAGCACCGCGGAGGGAUCGGUGCAGGGGAGCUGUCCGUUUCAGCACCACCACGUUAAUGCAGUAGGUGGGAGCGGAACCCGGCGAGGCAAAGGAGAGGCGCGAGACGCGGAUCCUGCAGCAAGCCGACCGGGUCGCUUUCUUUUCAGGAGCUUUGCGGCGCGGGGGGAGGAAGGGAAACCCGUCUCGAUUCCCCGGGAGAGUCUCGCCCCCCCUCCUCUGCCCAUCUUGCCACCCCGACCGACAUCACCACCAAUAACAACUGCCGCUCUGCCGCUGUGGUGGGGUGGGGGGGGGGAAGCCAUGGCAAGCAAGACCUCGGCACCUGUUCAGCUGCAACCAAGGGCUUAUAACACCCUCGCGAGUCUCGUUCGGUGGUAGGAAGCGGGAAGAAAGGACUGAAGAGCAGACCGCGAGCCAAAAACCCCACCGGAAAAAAAACACCCAAGGAAGAUAACCGGGAAGGAAAGGGAUUUUUCAUGGCGCAGGCUGCAGAGCUAAGCAAGAAGACGGAAGGUUGCAUCUGUGCUCUUACGGUCUCUAACUGUCUAGGUCCAGAUAAUGCGAGAGUGUGUUGAGGAUGCUGUUUCUGUUGCCGCGACUGCUGCUGCUGCUGCCGUUCCCCCGUUCACUGUGGAAGCCAUCUCCAAAUUAGCCAUUACAUAUGGAAACUGGAGACCAGAAUUUUAGGAAAAGGGAUUAAGGCAUCUCAUUUUGGGGGGGGUUGUCUAUUUUUUUCCCUUUCUUUUAUUUCAUUUUUUAAAUACACAGACACACAUCUAAGAUUAACAGCCGGAACGUUUCUCUUUUUCAGAAGCCAGCCUCUUCCCGUGUGAUAUUUUUUUUCUUCUUCGUUUACACUGAUUCCGUGGGCUUUCUUACCUCCCUUUUUUAUAUACAGAUUUCUCUCUAUCGAUCUCGAAUAGAUCUCCAUUAUAGUAUUCUUAUUAUUAGAGGAAAGAUUUAUUUUUUAUUUUAGUACUAACAUACAAACCACGCGCGCGCGCAGCCCAAGAAUCAGAAGGCGGUCGGGUAUUUGUAUAAUGAAGAAUUAUGGGGCUCUUUGACAGAGGUGUUCAAAUGCUUUUAACCACCGUUGGUGCUUUCGCUGCCUUCAGCCUCAUGACCAUCGCUGUGGGGACCGAUUACUGGCUCUACUCCAGAGGGGUUUGCAAGAUGAAAGGGACCGGCGAGAAUGAAACCAGCAAAAAGAACGAGGAAGUCAUGACCCAUUCUGGAUUAUGGAGAACCUGCUGCCUGGAAGGGAAUUUUAAAGGUCUGUGUAAGCAAAUCGAUCACUUCCUCGAGGACACGGAGUAUGAAGCCGACACAGCAGAAUAUUUCCUCCGGGCUGUGAGGGCCUCUAGUAUUUUUCCGAUCCUGAGUGUGAUUCUACUUUUCAUGGGUGGACUCUGCAUUGCAGCCAGCGAGUUCUACAAAACCCGACAUAACAUCAUCCUUAGUGCCGGCAUCUUCUUCGUGUCUGCAGGUCUGAGUAAUAUAAUUGGCAUCAUUGUGUACAUAUCAGCCAAUGCUGGAGAUCCUUCGAAAAGCGACUCCAAGAAGAACAGUUACUCUUAUGGCUGGUCCUUCUACUUUGGGGCCCUGUCUUUCAUUAUAGCCGAGAUGGUGGGAGUGCUGGCCGUACACAUGUUUAUUGACCGGCACAAACAGCUGCGUGCCAGUGCUCAUGCCACGGACUACCUCCAGUCCUCUGCCAUCACCCGCAUACCCAGCUACCGCUACCGCUAUCAGAGACGCAGUCGCUCCAGUUCCCGUUCCACUGAGCCUUCACACUCCAGGGAUGCCUCUCCUGUCGGGAUCAAAGGAUUCAACACCCUCCCAUCAACAGAGAUCUCGAUGUAUACCUUGACCAGGGACCCCCUGAAGGCUGCCACCACUCCCACCGCCACCUACAAUUCAGACAGGGAUAACAGCUUCCUCCAGGUUCACAACUGUAUCCAGAAAGAAAACAAGGACUCUAUCCACACUAACACAGCCAACCGCCGGACCACCCCCGUAUGAAGCCAUCAAGAGGGGCUGAAAAUGGGGGCAGGGAAGGUGGGAGUGGGAAUUGGGUGCAAGACGGGAGGGAGCAGUGGGGGCGGGCAGGGAGGGAGAGGAGAAAGCAACCAUGGGGAAACCUUCCAAAAGCAAAAAAAAAAAAACUUAAGUGAAACAUCUGAAAAGAAACAACAAAAAGUUUAAAAAAAGGAAAAAACAAAAAACAAAAAACUUCAAAAAAAUCAAGAGAAAGAAAUAUAAAAAAUAGAAAAUAAAUUUAAAAGAAAAUGCAUGAUUUCCCAUGUACCAUUAUUUUAACAUUUAAUAAAAACAGAUUUAAAAAAGGAACCGAGAAAUAACAAAAAAAAUAUUAAAACAUAAAGCGGGAAGAGGAGGCAGCUCUUUGGAUCUUUUUGUUUGUUUUAGACUUUAAUUUUACAUUUUCUUUUCACUUUUAACCCACUGUGGACUUGCAGAUUCCUGAGGAUCUCCGGGGGCAGGCGGUAGUGAAAUGCAGUGAUUUUGGUGUCACAGUAGAUGCCUGUUUGCACAUGUAUGGUGGCCUGCCUAAAUUUACCAAACCCUCUGGAGUGACUAAUGAUUCAACAUGAUCUUGUUAGUCCACAGGGCUUAACAGUGACUCUCCUGUCAUUGGAGAUUCCAGGGAUUACCGUUGAUUCACUGAUCUCCAGGUCUCAGGAAGCUAAGGUUGACCAGCUCAGCCCCACUAGCCUGCGAUUAACCUGGGGUUAACAGUUACAUUGCAAAAAAAAACACAGAACAAAAAAAGCUUCAUAAAAAGAGUGGCAAUUUUUUAACAAAAGAAAACCAACUAUAAAUAAAUGUAAAUAUAAUAAGUGGAUUUACUUGUAAGAAAGCCAGAUCGUAUUUUUCUUUUCAUUUUCUUUUUUUUUUCAGCUUGAAAAAAACUGUGAAAACUAAUAUCUUAGGGGUUGAGAGGCUUCUAAAGAGAAAA